AUUUGGUUGAGUUUAGUGACGGUUGAAAAUUGUGGCGGUGUCGGUAUAUUUGUGGUUAAAAAAAUAUAUAUCUGUGAAGGAUGUAAGGAAUUAGUUAGAAAAGUUGGAAAUAAUAAAUGAAAACGAAUUUUGCAUAAAAUCAAAAUGAAUGUUUAAAAUUUUUGGAUAUGUGUUAGCAUAUGGCUGAAAUGUAUUUGAACAAGUGGCAUUCGAGUAUAAUUCCUCGGAUAUAUAAGUAAAAGAAAGCGAAAGCCUUCGCAGCAUCCCUUUUUAUUUUUGGUUAUUCUACAUUUUUUUCGUUAUUGCAUUUUGGUUCUCUGCAUUUUGUGUGCCUUUGUUUUGUGAACUGUUCGACGUCCUUGUUGAUAGAAGAGUUGCUCUGAGAAUUAUCAGGCGCUGCAAAGUGUGUAAAAAGUGAUGCAAAAGACGCGGGAAGUGGUAUUGGUGUUUGAUGGGGGCGUGGAGCACUACAACAAGAAAAGUAAAAAUAAAAUAUAAGUGUACAAUAGCAAGAAAUUGAAAGUAAAUCGAGUGAAAAACCAAGUCGCGUCAUUUAGUCGCCGUCGUUCCCCUACGCAAACUGCAGUUGCGCGUCCGCCAACGAUAGUACAUGUAUAUGUAUACGUAUUUUGCCACCGGCUCCACGACGCCGUUUCACUUAUUGUCACCAUAAUUGGUUAAGGAACUAUUUUUUCGCAGAUGCUUGGGGCAAAAACAGUUGAAACAGUCAUUAAUUAGGCAGUUGAGUUACCGAAAGCCGGUUAUGUAUAGCAGUGCACAUAUCUUCUAAAAUUUUUUUUAGAACGGCUUUUGUUUUAUUGAUUACGCUGUUGAUGCUGCUGUCAAUAUGGUGUUACCCUGCAGCAAUUUUUAAAAUUGCCGCUUGCCGCUGGAUUCUCUGCCAAAGUGGAUUACUGCGGACUGCUGCCUGUAAAAACGAAAGCUGAUGAGGAAUAUAUAGGGAUCAUCUGGCGUGAACCGCGGAGACAAAAGUGAAAGAGCUGAACUUAUUGCUAACUCGAAGAAAAUGUUUCGCCUUUAAAAUCAAAUAGGUAUUUGCUCUGUAUUUUCAAUGCGUACAACUGCACUCAGCUAGAAGAAAAUAUCCAUGAAAUAAUACAAAAAUCCGACAAUAGCACUUUGGAUAACAUCUUCAGUAUUUGAGAUUAAACGAAGUUUGUGCCCGGAGUAGGUGCCGGGCAGUGCUGGAGAUGUUGGAACGUCGUCCCUUAUGGGGAUUAAUAGUGCUGCUGAAUGUAUGCGUCGUGAUAUGGCGAAUGCAGGAACCGGCUAUGCUUAAUGUCGAAUACGAUGGCAGUGCUGCAGAAAGCGCACACCAACAACAACAACAUCAACAACAUCAAGAACGGACAUCUUGGGCGCAAGCUAUAGUGUCGCGUAAUUCCAUAACAGAACAACAACAGCUAUAUGCUGGUAAGCAUUUACUGGCCGAUAGCGCCGAAGCGAAUGAAAUUGAAGUAACGCAUAAAUCGGAUGAUAGCCUUCACAUUAGCGGCUACAGUAGCAGUUCUAGUCCCACUAGUCGUAAGAGUCAUAAAAAUAAACAACAAAUAAUUAAGCAAAAUACACCAAGCUUAAGUGUAAGCUCUGUUAAAAGUACACUCGCACCACUAGUCACUGCAGCUACACUAAAAAACACUGCAGAUAUACAAACAACGACGACGGGCGAUGUGAGAAUAUACAAUUUUCCACCGGAUGACUUUCAUCAACUAAUUGACCUGCACGAUUUCACAUACCUUAUAAGCCAAAAUGGCUGUAGUAGGGAUAUACAGGCUCUUAUAUUGGUACAUUCAGCGCCGGCCAAUGAGGGCAAGCGGCGCCUUAUACGUGAGACCUGGGGCAACACCGAUUUACUGCCGCGCAUUAACGGUGUCAUGCCAUUUCGGAUAAUCUUUCUAUUGGGUACGGUCCAUACCGAAGCACAACAGUUAGAUAUUGAACGUGAAAAUUUCGAAAAUGGUGAUAUGGUGCAGGGCUCAUUUGUGGAUAGCUAUCGCAAUAUGACCUACAAGCAUGUAAUGGCUUUCAAAUGGUUUCUAUACAACUGUGCACAUGCGCAAAUUCUGAUCAAAGUCGAUGAUGAUGUCUACGUGAAUACGCCACAAUUGCUCAUCUCUCUAGAGCGUACGCUAUUGAACGAUGAUUUGGGAAAUGGAGGGAUGCCUACUGCUGUAGUCACUGCUGCCACGUCUAUGCAACAUACGGCCUAUAGUACCGAUAUUGAAAAUAAUAGUAUGGAAAAUAGUAGUCGUAGUAAUAGUAGUAAUAGUAACAGUAGUGCUAAUGUACGAAAAGCCUCCGAUCUUAAUGCCAAUACCAAGGCCAUGACUAAUACUACAGAUUUAAGUGCUGCUCAAAUUUUAUUCCAUCAUCCGCAAGAUUUGCUCUUUUGUAAAACGAACAUUAAUGCUAAAGUCAAGCGUAGUUUUCGAUCAAAAUGGCGUGUUACCGCAAAAGAAUAUCCCGGAAGAUAUUAUCCGCCAUACUGUCCAGGAUUUGCUAUUAUAUAUUCACCAGAUGUGGCGUUGACUUUAUAUAAUGCCGCACAGAUAUCCAAAUAUUUUUGGAUCGAUGACGUUCUCAUAACGGGGAUUUUGGCACAGAAUAUAAGCAUCACCAUAACGAAUGCCAAUCAAUACAUACUCUACGAAUCUGAUUGUGACAAUUUGCUCAAUGAUGUGGUGAAUAGUGAAGAUGUGGAAUUCAUAUACGCUUGGGAUCUGAUUAGUCCGAAGCAAAUGCAAAAAGUGUGGGAACUUUAUCUGGCAAAGGCGAAAAUACACUUCUCUAGAGCUCCAACAUCAACAUCAGCAUUGUCAUUGCUGCAUGCGGCCAAAAAGUUACCGUACAAUCCGACUGAUUUAAAUAAAUUUAAGACCCACAGAUAGUAACAUUAAAGCUUUGUGCAUAAAAAGCUUUCCAAAAUUUCAUGACACAACCUAUGGAUGCACAUUUGCCAUAGAUGAAAGCACACAUACUUAAAAUCCAUACAAAUGUACAUACACACAAUACUUAUACAUACAAACUGACAUGCAAACAUGCGGAUGGUAAUAAUUAUAAGUUAAGAUUUUUAAGAAACUUCUUUUAAAUUUUGUUUUUAACGUUGGACAACGUCUAUUAGCUGCUUAAGACUUUUAUCUGAUUUUUGUUUGCUCAAUAGUAAUGAGAAUCAACUAUUGUUGCGCAGAGUAGGAAGUGCCUAAACGAUGAUGCUUCCUCACAAAACGGGCAAUUCAUUAAGCCCAUUAAGUCAGUGCUUCAGCGCGGUGUAGUGCCCGGUCGUCAUCAGCUAACUUAUCUAACGAUAGGUCUAGCAGCUCACCUGAGCUUUUAUGACUCAUUGCUUUUAGAUGAGCGCGAUAUAGUCUUCUCUUUCAGCCAGAUGGAGUUUGAGUGCAGUAGAGGCCGUCUUACUGUGGUGGAGAUUGCUCAUGAAAUACUAGAACGGCCUCUAAUUUGAAUUUAAAAUACGUGAUAGUUUAUAUAUCGACUGAUAACUUUAACAUACUAUAUAGAAUCACGUGUAUUGUGUAGAGACAGGUCCAUAGCUCUUGUAAGUGCAGUCAGACCAAUCGAGUGAAUAUUUGGUUUGCCCGUUACAAUGCAAUGUCAUACGUAACGGACAUGAUCAUACUUAUAUACAUGAAAAAAAAAAAUGAAAUGUCGAUCUACAUUCUGGAAAUAAAAAAGAAAUUAUAUUAUAAGUUUCCAGCAAAAACACAAAACUCAAACUAUAAUCAUUAUUCUCGAGCAAACAAAAAUUUAAUAAUUUUUUAAUUUUGUUUAGUGGUAACGGUAAAGAAUUAGAAAUCCGUUACAGAGCGCAGCAAGAGAGACAAAAUUAAAUUUGUGCUUAUUUAUUUUUGAAAGUAUUUUACGGCAUUUAAAAGAUGUUGAUUCUUUAGAUAAAAUUAAAAGACAAAAAAUGAUUAGUCUUAUUUCUUAAAUUAAAUAUACCUGCGUGCAUUAUUUUACUUUGCUUCUUUAAAUUAUGUAAGAAAAUGUGCUUUAGUUAGAUUAAAGUAUUUGAAAUGUGUGAAAGUGGAGCGUAUAUAUAAAAAGAAAACCAUGUAAAAAGCAAAUGAAUUGUCCUGUCCUCUAAGUAUUAGUAAUCAUUGUGCACAAAUUUUCAUAUCUACAUACAUACAUACUUACAAAUUUAUGUAUAUACUCAAAUAUACAGUACAUAUAGUGCAAAUGUUUAGCAGCAAAAAUAUAAUUAUUUGUAAAAUGUAAAUUUUCUGAAUUGUGCAAACAUCUAAAUUUAAUAAGUGGCCUGUUGUGAGAAAUUACCUAUGGCUGGAAUUAUUGAUUCUAGCCAUUAACCAUGUUGAGUGGGUUACUUUAUUUUUGUACGUUACUUAAGUGAAUGUGUUUUAGUAAAAUAUUUACGUUAUUUUAAUUACAAUGUAUGUAACAUAUCGAUAACUGAAUUGAAAUUAAAAUUGCGAAUAAUUGACAUUUUUUUUUUUUUAAUUUGGUUCACUGAAACACAAAGUAGUUAUGUAUUUUCUAAAUUACAAAGUCAAAAAUCUUACUGACUAGAUCGGCUUGCUAUACCUGUUUAUAACAAAGGUAAGCUUUUUAGUAAAAAUUUUACUAAUAUAAAUUUUAAAAUAGUUUUUUUUUAAUAUAUAUUUUUUUUUCAAUAAAUGUUCUAAAAAAACUUCUAAUUAUCUUUCAAACUAACCUAAGUAAAAAAGUCUGUUAGUAAUAAAAAAAUACAAUAAUAAUAAUACAUUUUUUAAUACAAAUUUUAAUAUUUUUUAAUAUAAAAUUUUUUGUGAUAUGAACUCUUAUUUAUUCUUGAAUUUUGAAUUGAAUUUGAAUUGAAAUUCAUUAAAUUCUGGUUCGUCAAUCUGGAACUCGCAUUAUCAAAUUUCCAUAGUUAAGCUAGAAUCCACUCAAAAUAAGUUUUCCCUUCUUGUGAUUUUCCCUCAUACAUACAAUAGUCCUUUAAAGCUUAACCGUCUUCCCACUCUUGCUAGUGUCGAAAAACGCUCUGCAUGAUAUUUAUAGACAAGCUGCACACAGGACGAAUUUUUAGCCCAAUACCCUUUAUACCUCUUUUGUUUAUUUUCAGUCCAAGAUAUUUUUAGACCUCGUAAACUUGCUCCGAGGAGCCGUAGAGGUGCCGAUUUUAGCGCGAAGUAGAGGCUGUAGAAGUGCGCCUGAGCGGGACCAACAUGUGUCCACAAGCGGUGCGGGCAAUUUCGUAUGUGUCUUAAGGCCUAAGCAGAUCUUAAGCUGGGGCACACCACUCGCUGUAUCGAAGUGGAGUUUGAAUAGAGUCGUCUUUGCCAAACGCAGCAGAAAUAAAUUUCGGAGCAGUCUUGCUGCAUGGAGCUGUUCCAGUCCCGAUAAACGAGGGGUGAAGUUUAGUGCACUAGACGGGGCUAGUUUAGUUAGUUUAGGAUCGGCAGCCCUUGGUCGGGGAAAAGUCCGUGUCAUUUUGUUACGUAGAACUGGCUACCAUGGAUUGGUAAGCACCUCUAGUUGUUUUGUGAAAUUAAGGUCUAUAACUAUAGAUAUCGUAUGUGUUUACGGCUUAAAAACUGUAAAGAUCACUAUUAUAAUAUGGUUAUUUUCCGAAAUGUGGGUUGAAGUUAUAUGAGAUGUCAAUUCGUUUAAGUUU